CCUUCAGAGCCAAGGACGGCCCGGGAGAAGGGGGCGGUCCGUCCCCGAAUGGGGUCCCCCGGCACGCUUCCGUUCCGGAUAGAAAGGAGCGGUCCGUCCCCGAAUGCAGUCCCCCCAGAACGCUUCCGAAAACCAGGGUGGUCCGUCCCCGAAUGGGGUCCCCCGGCACGCUUCCGGCCUGGGAAAACGGAGCGAUCCGUCCCCGUCUGAGGUCCCCCCGGCACACUUCCGGUCGGAUAGAAAGGCGAGGUCGGUCCCUUUAUCAGUUCCCCGGGACGCUUCCCGAUCCGCUCCACGGCCCGGGAGAAGAGAAAGCCCCGGAACCUUCGGAACGCUUCGUUCGCGGCUCCCCACCCGGAGGAUCCCCAGCAACGGACCACGGCGGUUCCACGCCCCAGAGCGUCCCCCCAGGCCGCGCCCCUGGGCACGCGACAACGGUUCCGGCGCGCAGGCGCGAAGGCGCGGAGACUCACCCCGGGGGAGACGAACCCGCGGCCCGGAGAACCCGUCCGUCCCGACGCGGAGGGAGACGCUGCUCUCCCGCCGCCGAGCGCCUCCUGCGGCCCGAGCGCGGGCGUCUGCGUCACUUCCGGCGUCGGAAGUGGACGCGGGGAGGGCGGGUCCCGGGGAAACCGACGUUUUCGGAUGGAGUCCCCCCGGGGAGGGGUCCGGGUCGAGCGACUUCCGGCGUCGGGCGGAAGUUGGCGUUUUCUCUGUUUAAUUAAUUUUUGGGGGCGGCCCUGGCUACCCCAGAGCCCAGGCUAGCCCAGAACCCGGAUCCCAGGCUACCCCAGGACCCGGAGCCCAGGAUACCCCAGAACCCAGGGCCCAGGCUACCUCAGGACCCGGAGCCCAGGAUACCCCAGAAUGAACCCAGGGCCCAGGCUACCCCAGAACCCAGAGCCCAGGAUACCCCAGAACCCAGGGUCCAGGCUACCCCACGACCCGGGGCCCAGGCUGCCCCAGGACCCAGGGCCCAGGCUGUCCCAGGACCCAGGGGCCCAGGCUACCCCAGGACCCGUCUCAGGAAACCAGAGAGACACACAUUUACAUAUUUAUGCAUAUAUUUGCAUAGAUGAAUAUUCGUGUAUCUAUCUCCAUACGAGAACGUGAAUAUGCAUCUGCACGAAUCUAUGAAUAUUCAUGAGGACGUUAUAUCCCUAUGGACACAUA